GGUGCACUGAAGGCAUGUGGAAAGGUGCCACUGCUAGACACCUUCACCAACGCUGCUGUGGUCAAAGUAGCUCCUGAUAAACCACUAGAGGGGGUUAGACUAGCUUCUUUGCAGGCCAGAAAAACAUUACUUGUUCCAACCCCUCGGCUAAAAACUGGAUUAUUUAACAGGAUAGUUACACCAAAAGGUGCAACCAAAAAAGAACUUUGUGUUUGUUCUACGUCUCAGGGUGUUAAAGAGAUGAGUGUCCCAGUCGGUUUAGAUGACAAGGUUCAGGUGGAUCUGGUCGUAGUUGGAUCAGUGGCUGUAUCUAAUAAAGGCUACAGAAUUGGAAAAGGUGAAGGUUUUGCGGACCUGGAAUAUGCUAUGAUGGCAUGCAUGGGAGCUGUUUGCGAAUCCACGGUGGUAGUCACCAUUGUUCAUGAUUGCCAGGUUGUGGACAUUCCUGAGGAGCUCAUUGAAAGUCAUGACCUCACAGUUGACUUUAUUCUAACUCCAACAAGAAUCAUCAAUACUGAUUGCACACACCCCAAACCACAAGGCAUCAUUUGGUCAAAGUUACAUACAGAAAUACUGAAGAAAAUACCAAUUCUGAAGAAACUAAGAACACUAGAGCAGGAAGCUGGGAAAGAUGUUGCUUUAAAGACAACACCGGAUGAAGAGGAUCAAACGAAGAAAUCCAAAGAGCUUAAAUGGAAGCCUAAUUGUCAUCCAAAUGCUGAGCUGUAAUGUGAAUAUUUAGCUUCUAACGAUAACAGGUGUGCUGGAUUUGAGUGCAAAUUUCCCAAAACUUCUGUCACCACUAUGUCCCUGAGUAACAUUCCAACUGGGUUACGUGUGAGUUGAGCUGAGUGAGUGUGCUUGCUCAGAGAACAGGAAGCUGUUCCUCUGAGAAUCAGCUGGAAGGGGACAAAGCCCAGAUCGUUCCUGCUAUUCUGUGAUGACACUGUUGCAGAGCAUGAUCUCACCACUUCUCAAAAGCUCUCCAUUAAUGGUCACACCCUACACAAUGAAUGUGUCAACAGUAUACCAAAGAGAGAAUACCAAACAGGCUGGUAAAAGGCUCCAUGCUCCUAUAGAGGAGAAUGUAUUUAAUCCAGCAUUCUCAUCUGUACACCAUUCUAAACAAGAAUUAACAUUUCUAAAUAUCUUUUAUGCUUGCAAUUGGUUAACUCUCAUGUAAGAAAUAUAAAAAUCCUUUUAAAAAAACACGUCAUGAAAAUUUUUGUUCUGCUCAUGGCUGAGAAUAAUGUUUAUUAUUAUUAUUAUUAUAUUUUUCUUUUUCAGAUAUGCUGUUUAUAAAUGGGC